CAUGAUGCUGUGAAUGAACAGAAGCCGAACACCGGUGGCUUAAAAAUCGACUAGAAGCGCGUGUAAGACCAGGAAGUUGUGUAGUAUAUAAACGCAACACUUUGUGGACGCAUUUCACUUGGACUUUAUAUAUAUAUUUCUCUUUAAAGGCACAUAUUACUGCUUCAGCAUGAGGUUCCCAAACAGAAAAUUACACACGGCGGUGGACGGAGGAGACUCGGGCGUUUCUACACACUUCAGAAACCCUUUCGUACAUGAGUUGCGGUUUACUUCUCUUCAGAAACUCAAGAUAGCUGUGAUGACUGUGACGCUUUUCCCUGUUCGUCUGCUCUUUGCUGCAUUCAUGAUGUUGUUGGCCUGGCCCUUUGCAUUCGUGGCCACUGUUGGCCGUUCUGAAAAUGCAGUUGAGCCCCUGUCUUGGUGGAGAUGGCUGGUGGAUCUGGCCCUGAAGGCUAUCAUGAGAGCCAUGUGGUUUUCCGGAGGGUUUCAUUGGGUCCGUGUGAAAGGUCGGCCGGCUCUGCCCAGUGAAGCACCCAUCCUCACAAUGGCACCUCACUCUUCCUACUUUGAUGCCAUCCCUGUCACCAUGACCAUGGCCUCUAUAGUGAUGAAGGCAGAGAGUAAAGACAUUCCAGUCUGGGGAACUCUUAUCAAGUUCAUUCGACCUGUGUUUGUGUCCCGCUCGGAUCAGGACUCUCGGAGGAAGACCGUCGAAGAGAUCAAACGUAGAGCGUCUUCUAAUGGCGAAUGGCCUCAGAUCAUGAUAUUCCCGGAGGGCACAUGCACCAAUAGAUCCUGUCUCAUCGCAUUUAAACCUGGUGCAUUCAUCCCUGGCGUUCCUGUCCAGCCUGUCGUGUUGCGGUAUCCUAAUGAGUUGGAUACAAUCUCAUGGACGUGGCAAGGGCCUGGAGCGUUUAAGAUUUUGUGGCUUACAUUGUGUCAGCUACAUAACUUCGUUGAAAUAGAGUAUCUUCCUACAUACACCCCAUCAGAAGAGGAGAAGAAAGAUCCAGCCCUGUUUGCAAGCAAUGUGAGACGCAUCAUGGCCAAGGCACUUGGGUUGCCCAUUAUCGAUUACUCUUUUGAGGACUGCCAGCUUGCUAUGGCCAAAGGCCCAUUGCGUUUGCCCAAACACACCUGCUUGCUUGAGUUCGCCAGACUGGUGCGACUUUUGGGCCUGAAGACAAAAGUCACAGAUGAAGUCCUACGAGAAGAAGCUUCCAGAGCCCGUCAUCUGUGUGGAAGAAGACUGGAUAUGGAGGGCUUUGCUCAGUAUCUCAACCAACCCAUGACAGAAGCAGUCCAGGAUAUCUUCUCACUAUUCGAAGAGCACGGGUUGAUGGAUGUGAGAGAAUAUGUCAUCGCUCUGUCAGUGGUAUGUAGACCUUUCAGAUAUCUGGACACCGUUAAACUGGCCUUCAGGAUGUUUGAAGCACAGGAGGACGGAGCUGUUAUUGAAGACGAACUGACCGUCAUUCUGAAAACUGCUCUGGGAGUUGGAGAUCUUGCUGUUUCUGAUCUCUUCAGGGCCGUAGAUGGCCAAGACAAAGGAAAGAUCACAUUUGAUGAUUUGUGCGGCUUCAUGGAGAAAUGCCCUGAUUUGGUGGAGCAGUAUCACUGUCUCUCUGAGUCAAUCUCUCAGCACUCCAGAGAAUCCACAUCUUCAAGCAACGGCUUCUGUGCUGACUUCAGCCCCCGAAAUCACAGCAAGAAACAGGACUAAACACGGCUUUACCAUCACAGCCUGUCACCCUCAGUGUGUGACGCUGUUUUCCUGUGUGCACCAAGAGAGGUGAUGACAGACCACAUCUCAAGUUGAAUCUGAAUUUGCAUCUGGGUACAUUACCCUAGGGAUUUUCCCAGAGUUUUUGUUCAAAAUCCUUCAAUAAUUUAUUUUUUAUGCCCUCAAGGAACUUCUCUUCAAGGCGCUUCGUUUUUCUGACAGAUCUUAGGAAUGGAAACGAAACUCGCUACAUUUUAAUGCCUUAUGUUCUUUUUUUUUUUGACAGAGAUUUUCACAGUUUUUCUAUAUAAAGCGUUGCUUUAAAAGAUUGCGAUUUUUAAUAUGCGCAAAAUAAAUAAAUAAAAAAACACACCAACAACAAACAAAAAACAAGUCUCGGCU